CAAAAUCCAGAAGGUGUAUCUACAUUAAAAUAUUUUACGUUUGCAUAUGGAAACAUUAGAUCCUCCUGUGUAUGAAGUUUGAAAUGUUCUGUAUUAAUUGUUCUCUUGUUUCGAAUCCACUGUAACCAGCAAGUUGGCUUAUCAAUUUUCUGAAUAACUCCAAGAAUUUCUGUUCUGUCCACCUCCACCUUCAAUUUGUCCAGUAAUGCAAAAGGGUGCAUUACAGAGGCACAAUUAUUUUCUAUUCAAAUAGUGUGCUCAUUCGGCAGACAAACCCUGUCCUUUGAACUAUACUAUACUUUUGCAUCAAACUAUUGUAGUCUGUUCCUGGUGCACUUUCAAAUAUUAGAAUCUUGUUUUUGUCUUUAAAAUGCUGCUAAACCUAGUAUGGCCUAUAUCCUUGUAUGUCUAAUGUGCUUUAACUGAAAUAUCAGUUCCUGCAUAGCCUGUGAUUUUACUUCAGUAUCAUGUAGCCUAGGUCUUCAGGUCAUUAAACACAUUAUUUGAGCUCCUGUAUCCAACUUGAAGCUAAGACAGUACCUUUUACAUGUCUACAUACACUUCGAUGUAACAUGUAACUGGUGAUGCAUUGUUCUCCAUGCAGCUCCUUGGUUUCAGCACCAAUGCAAUAAUGUUUGCAGUCUACCUUAUGGACACCACAUCCAUAUUCCAAAACCAUGGACAUUAGCAUGGAGUUCACAAAUCCCUUCCCAGAUUUUCCAAAUUAAAUCACAUCUGACAACUCACUCUUAAUGGCAUUUUACAUGUACAUCUGAACUUUUUUUUAUUAUUAUUAUUUUUUUUUAAAUAAGAAGAAAUCAGAAAACAGGGCUCUGGUCGUGUUUUCCUUGAGUAUAAACCUGUUUCCAUGGUGAUGAUUACCUAGAAUAGUCUAGUGGGAAGAUGGUACUGGUUCAUAGGCUAUGGUUUGCAGAGGUGCUAUGCUGCCAUAUGGAGAAUAUAGAAGCAAGGGAUUCACUAAUGCCAUUAAAUAUAAGUGUGUGAAGUGCAUGAGACAUUUUAUGAAUUUCCUGUUCAGUGGUGUGUUCUGUAUGGUUGCAUAUACUAUGUGGUCCUUAAUGCACAAUUCUGAUAUUUUGAUGCAAAUCGUUUUUUUUUUGUUGUUUUUUUUGUCCUUUCUGUUUACAUAUAUGAGAGACCUGAACCAUAUCCACUUCUUGUGUUUAACUCAUUCCCCAACAAAAUUAUCUAGGCUAAAAAUGACUUUUUAGAACGUUUUCCCAGUAGCAUCGGCGUGGUUAUACAAAAGACAAGUGAUUCUGUUUUUUUACUAAGUGAUUAUUGAGGUAUUUUAUUUCAAGGUCUUUAAUUUUACAUUAAAGCCAGGACUGACUGUAUGUUUGCUCUCUCAUGUCUAUGUAGACAGUCUGGUUUCUGUCAUUUCUGCAGUGUUUUUUUUUGUUGUUGUUUUGAAUGGUUGUAUCACAGAUUGAUGUCUUUUUUUUUUUUAAAAUCUGGACUUCUGUGAUUACCCUCCAUGCUUCAUGAAGGCUGUUUGAGCACCAACAGAUUUUGGUCUAGCCUAUCAUUGCAAAACAAUUAUGAUUGGAUAUGAGUGUUUAGAUGUGAUGACGAAUAACUGGAUAUCAGAUAUACACAGUAUGGCCGAAAUUAUGUGGACACCUGACCAUCACACCCAUAUGUGCCCAUUUCAAAACCAUGGGCAGUAACACAGGGCUGCCCAUAGCCCUUCCCCCUGGGAUAUAAAAGCCUCCACUCUUUUUGAUUUUGUAGCAUGGCCGUGGGGAUCACAAGAGCAUUAAUGAAGUUGCACUGGUGUUAUGUGUUGAGGCCUGGCGCACAGUUGGCGUUCCAGUUCAUCCCAAAAGUGUUCAGUGAGGUUGAGGUCAGAGUUCUGUGUAGAUCAGUUGAUUUCUUCCACAUCGUGUCUUCAUGAACCACGCUUUGUGCACAAGUGCAUUGCCAUUGUUUGGGCCUCUUAGUUCCACUGAAGGGAUAUCGUAAUGCUAGAGUAUAUAAAGACAUUCUAUACAAUUGUGUGCUCGCUAGGACAAUUUGCAGAAAAACCACAUAUGGGUGUGAUGGUCAGGUGUCCAGGUACUUUCGGAAUUUGACUCACCUGGGUUAUUGAUCAGAAGCUUGGGGGUUCAAGCCCCAGCACUGCCAAGCUGCCACUGUUGGGCCUUUAACCCUAUCUACUUCAGAGGUGCUGCAUCAUGCCUGACCCUGCACUCUUCCAAAAAAAAGCUGGGACACUGUUCUUUAAUGUAUAUGACAAAUAAAGGCGGCUUCUUCUAAUGUGACCCAUAUUGGAUACUUGGGUUUGGGGGCGGGUGUCAGAUCAGAGCUGUUUACAUGUAUGGAAUAAUUUCAGAAAGCAUAAUCAGCAAAAUAAUCGGAACAGGGUGAGAGUGUAAACCGGGCAGGUUUUGGGUGAGUGUAUUGCAUGGUAUUAUGCAUGGCGUGCUCUCGCCCCUUUACGUGCGCGCUGCUGACGUCAUCAUGGGAGUGGCUCAACGGGAGAAAUGAAAUGAACGGUCAUUCGGUGCAAUCCUCACAGGGCUCACCAUGUAAUAUCGCCAGGCUAGUCGACAGGAACAAGAAGAACUACUCCGUCCCAUCUGGAUCGAGUGGCAGUUCUCGUCUCCGACCUGAUGAGAUUAUUUUGGAUUACCCGCUAGGAUUAAUUCACGCCGUCUUUCUAAAUGGAGAUGACCGAGCGGGCGAACUGAUGAAUGGGACGAGGUACGGUGCGGGUUAUUAAUUAUGUUGUCGUUUAGUGAAAGCGGUCACAAUGUUGUGAGAGCUGGCUUCUGACUUGCGCAGUCAGAAGGAAAGAGAAAGUCUACCGAGGAGAGGUGUCAGGCGCUUUUUGUUUUUAAUUAUGUUUAAUAGCUUCCGUUCUGUAUAGCUGUCCAUAGUAGGCGGUUUAUCACCAUCCCUUAUGUGAGGGUAUGUGCUUGUAUAAACACACACACACACUGAUCUUUAUUGGCGACUGUAUGUGAUAUUAUAUGGGAGGGCUGAAAUCUGAUAUCUGUCUAUAGCUCGACAGUGAAGCUAUUAGGGUUGAACGAUGCAUUAAUAUAUCACAUGUUCCCAUCGAUUGUGUAAUGAGAAUGAUGUGAGCCAAACUAUUGCACACACUUUUAAAACAGACAGACAGCAACGAUUUCUGGUUUCUGUAGUUCUCUACCGUGUUUGUGCCACGUUUUCCUCCGAAUACCGAACGUGGUAAACGAGAAAGGUGUAUACUUUUCAUUCAAACUGCUUGAAUGAUAAAAAAAAAACACAAAAAAAAUCCCACAAUAAACUCUCCUUUUAUGUCGUUUGUUCUUUGAUUAGACAAUGUGCGCUUUGUUUACUUUCUUGUGGAAAAAUAGAGUAAACAAUCCUCCCAUAUGUCACAUGCGUGUUCUCAGUCACUGCUGAUGACGCAUGUUGAGAAAUGCCAGCCCGAAUGCACAUGAAAGCUUGGGUGUGUUUUAAAACUGUGUAAUCACCUGACAUGGCUGUAGGGCUGGGCGAUAUGACAAAAAUAUUAUAUCACGAUACUUGAGGACAUACGGUAAACUAAUUAUGAUGCUACUUUUCUGUAAUGCCUACAUAGACAAAGAAGAUUAAGAUUUAAAAAAAAAAGAAAGAAAGACGUCAAAUCAACAGCAUCCAUUCAGUACAAUUUCAUUUGUAACGAUUAAAAAACAAAACAUCACCAUACCAACGAUAUCUCAGAAAAGUGUAUAGUGUAAUCAUUUAUCAUGAUCUUGAUUUUAUAUUGGUAAAUUGCCCAGCCCUACAUGAAUGUCAUUAAAAGGCUGCAUGAAUCUACAGUCUGGGCUUGAAAUCAGGAAAUCAGCCCCAACCUUGCAUCUUUAUCUCAUUCUGUGUUGUUCUUGGGUCCACAAAAAAAAAAAAAGAAGUCUAAAAUAAUCCGCUUUGAGAAAAAGGGGGUGGGGUAGCCGUGCUAGCUCGUUUGUACCAGCCGCUCCUGCUGAUCUCUGAUCUGACCUUGACGAGCUGUGUGAGUAAGACUGGGGGAGAGAGUCGUACAGAGAUUGAGCUGACCCACUUCAUCCACACAAAAUGCACUGCCCUUGGUCUAUGUGUACACGCCAUUGGGUGUGUUUUUUUUUUUUUAAACAGCAUAUGGGGACCAUGACUCAUUUCUCCAGCUAAUUGUUUAUGUACAUUUACCUUUUUUUCAUUGAACAAUUCUUCCCUUAGGGCGUUUCAGGUACGGUACGCGAUAGCUGUGCUAAGGGUGCAGAUGUAACAUGUCGCUGUUUAUCUGGUUAAUUAAUUAUUGAACACGCUGGCGCUGUCACUGACAGUUCACGUACGUUGCUCAGCAUGUCUCUCGUGUUAAUCAAGGAUACGUCUCCGUGCAGCUUGGCCUGAAAGACUAAUCGAUUGUGUAGGCUUGUAAAGGGCUUUGGACUGACAUUUUAAAAACGGACAGAAACUCCAGGUUGAGUAACUGAAGAACAGCUCUGAGUCAUCCGCGGUGUCAGCUGGGAGAUGUUUGGAGUUGGUCAAUUCUUUGUUGUUCCUCAGGUAAAGGCCUUUACUUUGUGUGUUAGCGUGCUGAAGUGUCUGAUUUUGGCUAGUGCGGUAUCUUCUGCAUGCUUUUUUUUUUUUUUUUUUUUUUUUUUUGAAAGCCUAAUCAGCUGAUGAUGACUGGAAUGUAAUACGUCUUUAUAUUUUAGCAGUGUGGCAGGAGGCUGUGUUUGCUGGCAGGCCACAGGAAAAAGGUCUAUGUUUUCUGCUAUAUAAGGCCUCGUUCUUUGAAAGGCGGUGCUGCUGAGUCUCAGAAUGUGUUGAAAUUGCAAAUAUAGCACGUUACGUUGGUUCCAAAGGAGCAAAUCUGGUCGUGCUCUUUAAGUGGGAGGAAUGGCACACUCUCUCCACUGUUAAUCACAGCGGCUCUAGGUAUUCGCAGUGGUCUGUGAGCUUGUGCAUGCGGAAGAGGCCAGACAGCACUUUCCUCAGAGUGUUUUUUAAUGCUGUCCUGAGACACUGCAUGAGCAGCUAGUUCGAAAAGAUGUGGAUGGCUGGCUUCACGUGUGUUGGAAGAAUUAGAUGUCCGCUACGGUUCAUGUUUAGAAAACUGGGUUCGCUAAACUACAGGGCAGGGUUGUUGUUGUUUUUUUUCAUACAUUGAGAUAUUCUGCUAUAGUAUUUUGGUUGAUAGUAUUUUUUCAACUGCUUAAUUUGGUCCACUGAUUGGACCUCUGUCAGCCAGUUGACAAGCCCUGCCCACUUUAGUCAGCAUAUAUAGUGAACGACAAGCCUUUUGGGAUUUGAGUGUGUUCAAUUACUAAUUAAUAAUUGAAAUGUAAACACAGUUUUUUAAAGACAAGGUAGAGGUGCAAGGUAGACUGUUGAUUCGAGAUCAUAUCUGAGAUUUGUUAACAUGAUCUUGCUUCAGCGUUCUCAAACUUUAUGAACAUCAGCCAAGAACUUCUAGAAUGUUCGUCUAGUCAGGUUGCAGCAGGCUUAUAAAUCUACUGGAGUAAGUAGUCAGUAGUAGCAUGGGUUCAGGAGCUUCAAAAUGCUGCAUGCUGGCCUGUUUUAUACACCGCUGUGAAUUAUUCUGCCUGUCUAAUGUUUCAUUCACUGAUGGCUGAUAUGCACGGGUGUAGAAUAGACUGGUUAUUGGAUGACGUCUAGUCCAGUGAAUCUGACAACAGCGUCCAUUUUCUUCCAUAGCCAUUCCUGAAUUGAGAGCCAGAGGAGGCCGGGCUGGGCCAAUGGUAAGCAACACUGUCCAUUUCUCUCUCUUUUUUUCUUCUCUCUUAUGCAGAACUGUUUGUUUUCUUCUUUGUUCAUCCAAAAAAAAAAAAAGUGUACUGUGUGGGUUGAUGUUUUCUCUGCCAAAUAUUCUCUGAAAUGUUUAGUGUUGCAUUACAGGAUGUUAUUACAAUGUAUGAAACAUGCUACAGUGUUAAUAUGGUUACGAUUAAGAGCGCAAGGUUUUGCACUUCCUGGAAAAGUGCCUUGGCGAAAGUACCAGGGUCACUGGCUCCUCAUAUCUCCAGUGAGAAAUUGCUGCCUAAGUUUGCCCCAAUUCACACACGAUGUAACCCCCAUGACUCACAGACACUAAAACGCUGCUUUAACUUGUGUUCGUGCUUUUGAUGUCAUCCUCAAGAGUAAUUAACAGUAGAUCGAGGGUGAAUUUCUGCAGUGAACCUUGCUGAAGGGAUCGGAUUCUGGAUAUUCAGUUUUUAUAACCGAUUUUAAGAAUAUUUUGAUAUAUAAGAAUAUGUUUAUAGGAAGACAAAUCAUAUAUUAAACCACAGACGUGUCGUUUUCAUUAAAUUCAAUAAAGACCAUGUGAGCAUUGCAGAAAUUCAUAGCUCCAAUUGUUUAGUAGAUGUUUUGUCACAUCACCACCCAUGACUGUAGACUGCUUAGCAGAGUGCGUCAUUAUUAGUGUAGCAAUUGCUCCGAUAGUACCUUGGCCUUGAGAAUCAUACAGGUUUGGCAUGUUUGUUCUCUGACUUAAGACAUACGGUAUUGGCAAAGCAAUGAGUCAUUUCCUAAUGAUAUCAAUUGAGGAACCUGACACCUCAGAAUAUGAUUAGGUGAAAAGAAUGCCACACCCUAAUGUCUCCAAGCCAACCAAAGUGCUUCUGCUUUGUUUUGUUUUUAGCUUGAGCUUUGCUGUAUUUGCUGCUUGUGUGCCAUCACUCAGUGCUGCAUGUGUCACAAUCCAUGUUGUUUUCCUUCUGUGGUAGACGAGCAUGACUUUGAGCCAAUCCACAGAUGCAUGCACGCUCACAGAAUCCACCCGAGUGCCAAGCCCCCUGCUUCCCGGCUUUUGAAUCUGCCUGUCAGAAGGUUAGGGGUGGCGGGGCUUAGUUAGACCCUGCCCCUAUGCCGACCCUCUAAGUUGAACCUGGCAGCCUUGAGAUGGAUCAGGGCGCUAGCGAGCAACCUGUCGCGGAGGAGCCAGACUCCGGGGCUCGAGCCGAGCCGGGGGCAAGCAGGAGGGCUUCUGAGGCUGAGCACAGCUUGUCUAAAAUUACUCAAAAUGCCCUGGAGAACAUGGGCGCGCUCGGCCAUGGUCUGAAGCAGCUCUUCCAACCCCAGCGCCGGCGCUCAUCCGUCGUGCCACAAGACCUCUCCUCUUCCUCUGCGAGCUCUGCACCUGAGGCCGCAGAGGCAGGGUCAGAGUUGGGGGAAGCCUCCGCCCCUAACAUCACGCCUCCUGACUCUGACCUCGCACCCACUUCCACUUCCACCCCCCCCGCAGCUCUGAGCCGUGUGCUGCAGCAGAUCCGAGGUGCUCCCCCCAUGAUGAAGCGAGGGACCAGCCUGCAGAGUCGCCGCAGCAAGACUGGGGGGGGAGGGGAGCCCCCCCAGAAAGGCAGCCCCCAGAUCCAUCGGCGCAGUACCCAGGAGGCUUUGAUGCAGGCUGGACGCCCACGGUCGUCCUCCACCACGGACACUCCCAGCAGCCCUGCCUUUGUCGACAUGCUCCUGACCUCCGGGUAUCACUCCACCGAGGAAUCAGACAGAGUGGAUCGUCUAGAGGUGUCUGGCUUGGCCGCGUCCCCGAACGCUCUGUCCAGCAGCUCAGAUGGCGGUGGUGCGUACGGCAUAGACUCGGUGGACGGUACUCCCGACCCGCAGCGCACCAAACAAGCCAUUUCACAGCUGCAGCAGAAGAUCCUCAAGCUCACGGAGCAGAUCAAGAUCGAACAGACUGCACGUGACGACAACGUAGCCGAGUACCUGAAGCUGGCUAACAAUGCUGACAAACAGCAGAGUGCACGCAUCAAGCAAGUAUUUGAGAAGAAGAAUCAGAAGUCAGCACAGACCAUCCAGCAGCUACAGAGGAAGCUGGAGCAUUACCACCGCAAGCUGAGGGAGGUGGAGCACAACGGCAUCCCGCGCCAGCCCAAAGACGUGCUGCGUGACAUGCACCAGGGCCUGAAGGACGUCGGCGCCAAGGUGACCGGAGGUCUCUCCAGCUUCUCCCAGGCCACUCACUCAGCUGCAGGCGCUGUUGUUUCAAAACCCCGUGAGUUCGCCUCGCUCAUCCGCAACAAAUUCGGCAGUGCGGACAACAUCUCGUCCCUAAAAGACUCUCUGGACGAGACGCAGGGUGACGAGGCUGUGCCAGGUGUGGUACCAGGGCCCGGGACAUCAGCCACUAGAGCCCUAGCACCUGGACAUUUGCAGUCCAGCCCCAAGUACGGCAGCGAGGACGACUGCUCGAGCGCCACAUCAGGCUCGGCUGGUGCCAACAGCACCACCGGAGCCCCCGGAGGACCCCCGAGCUCUAAGGGCAACAUGCUGGAGCAAGGCCAGGCCUCAGGGCUUGACACUCUGUUUCAUGAGAUCCAGGAGUUGCGGGAGAACCAGAGCCGGCUGGAGGAGUCGUUUGAGAAUCUGAAGAGCCACUAUCAGAGGGAUUACACGCUUAUCAUGCAAGCCCUGCAGGAGGAAAGAUACAGAUGUGAACGUCUAGAGGAGCAGCUGAAUGAUCUCACAGAGCUCCAUCAGAAUGAAAUUCUCAACCUGAAGCAGGAGCUGGCCAGCAUGGAAGAAAAAAUCGCGUACCAGUCUUAUGAACGGGCCAGGGACAUACAGGAGGCGCUGGAGGCCUGCCAGACACGCAUCUCGAAGAUGGAGCUGCAGCAGCAGCAGCAACAGGUGGUGCAGUUGGAGGGGUUGGAGAACGCCACAGCACGCACCCUGCUCGGCAAGCUCAUCAACAUUCUGCUGGCUGUCAUGGCUGUCCUGCUGGUGUUCGUGUCGACGGUGGCAAACUGUGUGGUCCCGCUUAUGAAGACACGCAGCCGCACGCUUUCCACGCUGCUCCUCGUCAUCCUCCUGGCCUUCCUCUGGAGGAACUGGGAGGCCAUUUCACAGUACCUGGACCGUUUCUUACUGCACUCGAGAUGACCUGCACGGAAAGAGAUUUCGGCUUUAUGAAGGGAAAGAAAGGACGGGGCCUGUCGAAGGGUCCGGAGACAAACGCACUGCCUCAGCCACUAUAAGCUCCAGACGAAGGAGCGCAACGGGGAGCGCAAGAGAGAGCUCACUGAUGAUUUUGAUGCUUUGUUCCUUACCCAAGAGUGAAUUUGUUUACAUUUUGAUGAAGAUCUUUUUUUUUCUGUUUACUGAAAAAAAAAUUGUAAUGCAGAGUUGUUGUUUUUUUUUUUUUUGUCUUUUUUUUUUGUUUUUUUUCCUUUGGUGUUGAAAGUGAUGCAAGUUGUGUUGCUUGAUGUCCUUGUAUAAUUAUAGUAAGAGUAUAAAAUUUAUGCAAAUAACCAGGAUCUGGUUUUGCGGCACUGAAAUAACACUGGAGUGUGUUGAGUGCAAACAGGAUGACGUUCUCUUCAUCAGCAUAGCCUUCAUCACUAUCAUCACUCAGCUUGUUUCCCUUUCUAAGCCAUGCAGUCUGCUUUUACUCUCUUCCUUCACCAUAAUUUCCUCUCUCUCUCUUUUUCUCUCUGUCUCUCUCACUAUGCACAUCUGUCUUUCUCUAAAUCUCUCUCUCUCCCUGCUGCGGUGUGCCCUAUUCCUAUUCCUCUUUCUUAUGACCCUUUGCCGCUGACAGGACUUCUGCACAAUCAUCACUGGAAGAAAUGGCUUCAGCUUGUGCAAAUGAGUUUUGCGUUUGAUUAGCUGGGCUGUACUGGACCGGGCCACGGAAUAAGAAAGUUCUUGGCCUAUCAAAGACCCAGGCUGCCCUGCCUUUGCUUCUCUAGCCCUGCCCAUUUUGCCCCCUGUUGGCCUGCUCUGAUCGAGGCACUGCCUCCAACCUAUAAACAGAAUGAACAUACUUGAAGAGCUUGAAAGGCUCAAAGACUAUCAGUGCUUCCGUACUGUUUCUUAUAGCGACAAUGAAAUAGUCCUUUUUAGUUUUUAUUUUUUAAAAAUUAAAUGAAUAAACGGGCCAUUUUAAAAGUGAA